AUGGGGAUCAUAUCAGGUUCUUUCAGCUCUUCCCAGAAGACAGCUGUGGCAGCCAUAAAUAGACACCAUAUGCGAGCUGGACAUAAGCCUGUUCAGCUGCCCAGAAAGGUGGAGGGUUUCUCAUGCCAUCCUGUGGAGGCCAGCCAGCAAAAGACGUCAUGGAGGCUUUCAAGGUAUUCAGCCUUCGCAUCGACUGAGGCCUUCUCUCCUGAAACUCGGUCUCACCUCAUCUACCCCCAGUGAGCGGGCAAAAGGCCAUGGUAAUUCAAAGCAUGUUGCCCCCCGCAAAGAGCAGCAGCACGGAGCCCGACAUCCAGGUGCCUGCUCGUUUCAAGGCUUUCAUGUCAAAGGCGCAGUACAUGAUGAUCGUGUCCACGAUCAUGAGGCUCAAGGACUGUGGCUUUUACUGGAACGCCAUCACUGGCAGGGAGGCCAAUAUGCUGCUGAUGUCCCAGAGCCCCGGCACCUUCCUCAUCCGGGACAGCACAGACAGGCGUCACCUCUUCACCCUCUGCGUCAAGACGGACUCCGGCACCAAGAACCUUCGCAUCAAGUGCGACUUGGAGACUUUCUACCUGCAGACGGAUCCGAAACUCGUCAAGUCUGUUGCUAAAUUUAAGUGCAUCCUACAGCUGGUCUCCUACUACACGCCUAAAAGCAAGUCGAAGGUGGUGACCUAUAUUAACGCCGAUGGGGAGAAGAUCCCCCUGGUACUCCUCAAGCCCUACUACUGUAACAUGACUUCUCUGCAGCAUCUGUGCCGGAUAACGGUCAACAUCCACGAGGAGGUUGCCUCUAAGAAAGACCAGCUUCCUGUUGCUGUGCAGGAGUUCCUCAACAACUAUGAGGCUUCUGUUUAGUGUCGGUAAACCGAUGCUCUCGUAGGGCCGAGGACUUAAGCAACAUCGGAGGGGACGGAGUGGAGUCCAGCGCUUAGCUAGUGGAAAGGAGAAGACCCGUAUUGCUGAGAUAGAAUAGUCGGAUAAAUAAGAAUAAAAACUUUUUAAAAAUAGCAGUUCUGUGAUUUGGGGCAAUGUAAAUAGGGUGAACCCCGUAGUUAUCCACAGCAGAGGUCUGAUGACGUCCAGCUCACUAAAAGCUGAAGUGAGCCUCGGGGUCAGCUGUCUGCAGCGUGAUGACAAACUGCUGCUGCUGCUACCCAACACGCUCCAGGUCGGCCUGCUCACACACUUAGGCCUUAUCUAUCUUAGGCCUUAGACGACUAUCUUACUAUCUAACCUUAGACCAAAAGAGCCGGACUGGAUCAUCUUUUCUUUUUUUUUCUUUUUUUCCUGAUAACCCUGGACCUGUGCUUCACACAUCCUUGAAUAUCCAGCUAAACCGAAGCAGGAAUCCACAGACAGCGGAAACUUUAGAGAACAAUGAAAUGGACAUCGAGGGCUUUCUGGUUGCAUUUUUUUUAAACAAUCAGGAUAGAAAAGAGGGGAACUUUGGAGCUCUGAAGAUGUGUCAUUGAAACAUUUGCUUCAGAGGAAGUACUUCUAUACCAGAUGUGCCAUAGACGAGUUUUAUUUGAGAUAAAUAGACCACUGCUAAGUUAUGCCAAUAAAAUCAGCCCUGUGUGGCUUUAGUGGGGAGGAACUAUUUCCCAGCAAUGUAAUAUAUACGAGUGCCUGUUAAUGAAUGUAUUAUAUUGGGUAUAUUUUCUUUCCCAAAAAGGAGAGUAAUUGAGAUGUGUGUGAUCUCUCUCUCUCUUUAAAUCAUGUUUACAAACUGAAAAGGGAAAUCUUUUUUUGGGCUAUCUUUUAUAAAGAUGUAUUUUUGCCAGCUGAACCUUUGGCUGUGGACGCUUGAAGUUAUCAGAGAACUUACAUGAAGCAGUUAGAAUGAUACAACUUUACACUUAUUUAUAUUUGUAUAAGCAUUUUGUUAAUUUAAAAUAAAGUGUCAUUUUUGUUUGAAAUCUA